AUGACACUAUCCAAUAUAUCCACAUGUGUAUCUAUAUUUAGAAGCUUCCUAAUUUUGUCACAGAAAAUAUCUUCAUGUUUUGUUCCUUUCCGUUAUAACUCAUAAUUCCAAACUUCUUGGAUUUGUUCCCAAAUAACUGAAGAUCGAAGGAGAAGAAGAAGAAGAACUAUCUUCAAAAGAGCAAUUGAGAAGGGCAAGAUAAUGUGUACUCAUCGUGAUGAAUCACAACACAACCUCCCUUGUCUCCACUGCCAACCACAUACAUACAUUCGCAUGGUUCAACAUAUGAUAGAGAGGUGCAUUCUACUCCGUAUGACUCGUGAUGACUGCGUCAAGGCGUUAGACCACCACGCAAGCAUUCUACCAGUCGUUACCCUCACCGUUUGGAGAGGACUUCAAAGAGAAAAUAAGGACUUCUUUGAAACGUAUGAGCAUUUCCUUUCUCCCAGGCUCUUCCUAAGCGGACAUGUUCGGAGAUCGCCGAGGUUAGCAAGAAAGAUACAAUGAAGACUUUGGUAUAUAUAGCCUUCCAGCUUAGAUAUAUCAUAUGUAUAUGUAGGAGAAAAAGCUCGAACUUAAUUUAUAUAUAGUAGACCUAAGGCAUCAUAUUUAAUUGGGACACCAAUUCCUACGAUGAAACAUGUAUGCUAUUUCUUGUGUAAACUAUUUUUAAGGUUGCUUAUUAAGAUGCAGUUUAUUUUACCAACAA